AUGGGUUUGACAUUUUCGAAGUUGUUCGAUAAAUUGUGGGGGAAGAAGGAGAUGCGCAUCUUGAUGGUCGGUCUUGAUGCUGCCGGAAAGACAACUAUCCUGUACAAGCUCAAGUUGGGCGAGAUUGUCACCACGAUUCCCACCAUCGACACUGCUAACAUGAGACAGAACGCAAUGAACGCCGCUGAAAUCACUGACAAGCUUGGCCUUCACUCUCUGCGACAGCGUGCAUGGUACAUCCAAUCCACCUGCGCUACAUCCGGUGAUGGUCUUUAUGAGGGUCUCGAAUGGCUCAGCAACUCGCUCCGCAAGGCUGGCGUCAACUAA